AUGGACUGCGGCGGUGAGGAGCAGGCGAGGCAGAACGGCCAUGCCGGCGACGGCGGCGACCCGGCGGAGUGGAAGAAGGUGGCCGAGCUCCGGGCCGUGGUGGAGGCGCAGGACCCCGCAGCCAAGGAGGAGGACGACUUCAUGCUGCGCCGGUUCCUGCGCGCUCGAGACCACAACAUCAGCAAGGCGUCGGCGAUGUUCCUCAAGUACCUGAGUUGGAAGCGCGGCGCCAAGCCUCGCGGCUCCAUCACCGAGGCCGAGGUGCGCGGCGAGCUCGUGCAGGACAAGCUCUACAUUCAGGGCUUCGACAAGACGGGCCGCCCCAUGAUCUACCUCUUCGGCAACCGCCACUUCGCCGCCAAGCGAGACCUUGAGGAGUUCAAGCGAUACGUCAUCUACAUCCUUGACAACACCUGCACCAAGUUGCCGGCAGGGCAGGAGAAGUUUGCGUCGGUGGUGGAUCUCAAGGGGUGGGGGUACGCGAAUUGCGACAUCCGGGCGAAGCUGGCGGCGUUGGAGAUCAUGCAGAACUACUACCCGGAGCGGCUGGGCCGGGUGUUCUUGAUCCACGUGCCUUACGUGUUCAUGGCGGCGUGGAAGAUGGUCUACCCCUUCAUCGACGACAACACCAAGAAGAAGUUUGUCUUUGUUGCAGACAAGGACCUUGACGGCACGCUUCGGGACGCCAUCGACUUGUCCCAGCUGCCCGAGCAGUACGGCGGCAAGCUCAGACUCGAGGGAUACAAGAGCUCGUCGACAAAGUAUGCUACAUUGCCCCGCUUGAUAAGCAAGUAA